ACCACUCCCGCCAUGCCGACGCGGCGUUUCGACGCGGUAGAUGCAAAUGUGGGCACCAGGAAUCUCGCUGGCCUCGCGGUCUUCACCAGAUCGCGCAUGGCAGUGUGGAUUAGGUGCCAUUUGUGACAGAGCUGGUGCUGGCAGGCUCCAGCGAAUAUGUUCCAAUGUUCGAUAGGCCGCCGCCUCAAAGAUUGAGGCAGUGGCGGCACGUAGGAGAUGAUGCUUACGAAUUUUGUUGGCAAAGGUUUUAUUGUGACACGUGCAUCUCAGCUCAGAGCUUUGGCCAGGCGCUUUUUCGAUCGGCAAGCGCGCGCCCCUCCCGGUCUCUCAUCGACCUCUGAGAGGGCGGCUCUCCCCGCCCUUCCUUCCCUCCCUCCCUCUUCUUCCCGAGCCGACAGACCUGGCGCGCGCGCGCCCGCGCCGUCCCCGCCGCCGGAUCGGCGUGCUGGCGCAGCGCGACCCGAGCGGCAGCCGGAAGAAGGGCGCGCGUGGCGGCUUCGGGGCGCAAGAGACGGGGAAUCCCCGACGGCUGCUACGGGCUUGCGGCUCCGGGCGUCGCAGGAGACAGCGGGGGGGAGGGCCCUCGACGCCCGCCACGCAGGCGCCUCCCGCGCGGCAGGUGCCAUCGAGGGCGGCCGUGCGGCGUCUGCCGCGCGGAGGGCUGCGGAGCUGCGGAGAGUCGAGGGGGUUCGAGGUUCGAUGAUCCUCAG